CAUGGAUCAAUACCAACGUUUUUCCAAAAAAAAUAAUAACAUUAUGAUACUGACUGUAUAGGUAUUAAACAUUUUAGUAAUCAGUAUUCAUUACUAUGGAUAUAAACAUCUAAAUCAUAUCUUGAAUAUUACAGUUACUAGUUAGUUUUACACAACACACUAUUAUUAUAUUAUUUACAACAUUUACACAAAUUAAUAACCAACACAAUCCGAAAGGAGAAAAAACACAUAAUGAAUUCUAACAAUAACGCCUACCAAAGAAAGACGUUGUUGCGCUGGUAUGAAAAAAAAACAUUUCUAAAUCAAAAAGAUAAAAAUAAAUCAUAUACACUUAAAAAAACGAAUAAAAUCGCUACCGUUUCGAAUAAUGAAUUUGACAACGAGGUAAAAAAAUAUUCAACUGCAAACAGUACUAAAACAAAUGACAAACAAGACGAUUUUAUUCAAACUCUCGAAUUUAAAGAUGAAUGCCAAAUCCAAGAACGGGCGAAAAUGAGUAGCCUCAACACCAGAUACGAACUGAAUUUUAAAAACUAUAUUCAAGAACUUCAUAAUGCGUUGAUAAAAGAGUGCAGUUAUAAUUUAUUAGAUUUGAAUUCAUUAAACUUAACAUUAGAUUUUGAAUCCUUGACGAGUGUCACUAAUCGAACGCUGAAAGCUAUAAAGGUACUUUAGAAUAGAUAAUAGGAUUAACCAAGGAAAUAAAAAUAAUAAAAUACAAAUAAAAUGUAAUACUACUGAUAAAUUUAAUUUCAUUGAAAUAUGAAAAUUAUAAUAUUAUUAACUUUCAUUUGGAUUUUGAUUGACUUUUGCAGGAUCAAAAAAUAUUUUCGGUAUUAGGAUACUUUCCAAUAAUUUCUCUAGAGCUGAAAAAUCGUGGUUGGGUGGAAAAACGAGAUCCAAGCAGACCACCAAUAAAUUAUUUGCAUUACUUAAAAUCAGCACGUAAAUAUUUUAGCAACAUUCACGUGUAAAAAACAAUUUAAUACGCCUUAUUCUACUUAUUUAUUUAUUAUGAACAAUUUAUUAUAUUUAAAAAUGUUAAGCAUACACUGUUAAUUGGAUUGAAUCACCUCCGCUGAUUUCAUCAAUAAUUAAUAAAAAUUAUGCCGCCAUGGAGCGCCUGAAAAGCUUGCAAUCGUGGACUAUUCUUAAAAAUAAAAAAUCUGAUUUUAUUUUCGUUACUAGAAAACAGUUAAUUAAUUGGUCCACUUUGAGUAAAUUGACAUCCAUCAGCCAGAUGCCAAGACACGUAUUUUGUACCAAAGUAACCAACCUACCUACUUAUAUUGUACCUAUUUAAAGUUAGUUUUAAAAUAUUUAGUUUUAUUAUUGUUAAAUAAUUUUAAGGUCAUCUAUAUUAAUUCG